UUUUUUUGUUUUUGGGGGGAAAUACGUCCAAUCUGGCGCCCCCGAUGUCCCCAGUCUGGCGGUGAAGCGGGCGCGUGCUGCAGUAGCCCAGAUGCAUUGGAGAGCGGUGUCCAUGGUGGUGUCUGUUAUGUGUGAGGUGAUGCGGAUGGGAGUGGGAGUCUUGCACAGGCAAACUGCUCAGAGGGACACAGAUGACUGCCGCAGCUGUCUGGAGUGUUCCCGUGACAACGGCUGUGUGCGUUGCCCCGAGCGACUCUUCCUGUUUCUGCAGAGGGAUGGGAUGUCUCAGCACGGGACAUGUCUGCUCACCUGUCCUGCAGGACACUAUGAACAGAAGGGCAAGGAUAUGAACCGAUGCUUGAAGUGCCGCUCCCUGGACUGCGAACACUGCUUCAGCCGGGACUUCUGCACCAAAUGUAAAGCGGGAUUUCAGCUUUACAAAGGGAAGUGUCUUAGCCGCUGUCCACUGGGGACCUUCCCACACCACACCGACUGCCUGGACCACUGCCUCCUGGCUUCCCUGGGCGAAUGGAGUGAGUGGAGCAUGUGCCAGAGGGAUGGGGCAACAUGUGGCUACAGGUGGGGCAAACAGAGCAGGACCAGGGGCACGUCCGACAACCACACCACCUCCUUCUGCCCCCUACAGGCCGAGACACAGAGGUGCAAGUUGAAGAAGAGAUGCACACCACCCAAGAAAGAAGGAGGCAAAAAGAAAAAGGGCCUGGGUCUGAAGAGGGAGAGGAAGAGAAAGCGCCAGGAGCGUCUGGCUGCCAAAGGCCUCUCAGCCAAUCUGACCACAGCAGGAGGCUCCCGUCUGCGCAGACAGUAGCAUCAACCAAUCAGACCAAAGCAGGAAAUACCCUACACCAAAUAUGACAGAAACGUCGACCUAUGACAUAUUUGCACAUACAGCAACUUCAUCAAAUCAGAAAACAGAAGAUAUAAACCUCAACGAAUCAGACGAUAGCAAAUAUUACCCUCUCCAAUCAGACAACAGCAGAUAAUACCUCCACCAAUCAGGAAACUACAGUGACACCAGACAACAACGAACAAGAAUGGCGUCUAAAGAGUCCCAGACCUGUGUAAUUCUUUCCUAAAUACCAGUUUGCUGCUUGCUUUUGUAUCAGUGUGUUAUAAUUGUUAUAAUAUUGUAUUUCCAUAUCAUGGUCUAAUUCUCAGUAUUACUUUGAAUGCCAUUUGAAUGUAAUUUUGCUACUUAUGAAUUGAUCUUGCCAACCCAGUCAUAUUAAAAGUUUAAAACUAAACUGUACAAAAUGUAGAUGUUUCAUAUUCCUGUCUGUUGUGUCUUGCUCAUUGUGUCAUGUUUUUAAGUCAUAGUGAAACGUUUAGUUCAAACAAAGAUUUGGAGACGCAAAACGACAUAAGCAAUAGCAGCAAGGAACAUUUUUGACCCUACAGGGAUACCUUAGA